GGAAGGAAUCUCGCUUACUAAAACACUGAGGCACCACAAUGGCGGCGACAUAAGAGUGUGGGUGCGUAGGUGCGACGUGAUUGGCGCGCAGCGGCAAACUGACUUACUUUGAGUAUGAAUGUGUGUGUCGGGCUCGUCGUAACAAUGAAAGUGACUUACUUAGGGUGACUCAGUUUAUAGUUAGUGAUAUUCUUUCCGCCUUUAUGUCUACUUCCAUGCUUUGAAUAAAAUAACAUUCUGUUUUAUUCCCCUCUUCUCCCCCCAGUGGCAGUGGCGAUGACGUCAGAGCCGGACUCGUGUUCGGAAGAGGAGCCGGACAGCGAGAUGCUCAGCGACGACCCGAGUUUCCAGGACAGUGAUGACGAGAGACAGAUGCGGGCACAGUCGGACCUACCCCCCGGCCUGCCUCUCCGAGCGCCCCGCAAGUUGUUCUCCAACUGCCGCGAGCGCUGGCGCCAGCAGAACGUGAGUGGAGCCUUCGCCGAGCUCCGGAGACUCGUGCCCACGCACCCGCCCGACAAGAAGUUGUCUAAGAGCGAGAUAUUGAGGGUCGCCAUCAGAUACAUCGGUCUUCUAUGCGAGGUGCUCGAGUGGCAGAAAGCGCAUUCUAUCUCCACUAACAAAGAGAACAACUCCUUAGCAAUCAAAUGCGAAUCACCUCUUAGCCCAUCGCAGAACCUACGCAGGAAGUACAAACGACCUUAUUGCAAUGAUGAUGAAGGUCCAAAACCGAAAAUCUUUCUCGAAGGCGCUAACGACUUUCCGAAAUUCGGCAACGAGGAAAAUGAAGAUGGUUCGCUCUUCAGACGCUACCAAAGUCGAGUGGUCCAAAACAAAAUGGAGCACUAUAGGUUCCUCAGAAGCUCUUACUAUUUCCCAAGAUGGCGCCAUCCCCUGCCGUUAAAGAACUUGACAACUGACAGGAAUGGAAACAACUUGCUCAUGAUCGCUCCAGCGCAAAAUGGGACGAGCAAACCAGAUAAUGGGGUUGUGAAGUAUUGCAACGGAACUGCAGAUGUUGAUAAGUCUCUAGAUAAAGACAAGGGUGACAAUAAGGAUGGGAUGAACAAAAUGAUGUAGUUUAAGUCAAUAUUUUUUGCAAUACUAUAAUUA